AUGUCUGUCUGUCCUGCUGGUGGGUCUGGUCACGGGAUUGCUGGCUGGCUGCCUUCUCUAAACUACACCCGACGGCCCUUCUCCGCCACGAUACCGCCAAGGUCAGGCAGCAAUGCACAGCUCGAUUUCCCCUGCCUCGAUGCAAGUGAACAGCGCACACAACGUUAUCAAAUAUCCCUCGAAUCAGGCCCAGAACCCAGCUACUCCAGCUCACCCGAGGGUGUCCAAACGUGGCAUUCAUCAGAAUCCUUGACAUGCGACUAUGGCGGGCAUUUACCUUCCUUCGACAUUGCAUAUGAGUCUUGGGGCACAUUGAACGCAGAUAAGUCCAACGUCAUCUUACUCCAUACAGGUCUCUCUGCAUCCAGCCAUGCUCACUCAACACCAGAAAACACACAACCCGGUUGGUGGGAGAAGUAUAUCGGUCCCGGCAAACCCCUCGAUACAGACCACUUUUACAUCAUUUGCACCAAUGUCCUAGGUGGCUGUUUUGGUAGUACAGGACCGCGCUCUCUGGAUCCAGCAGAUGGGCAACCCUAUGCAACGCGCUUUCCCAUUCUCACACUCAACGAUAUGCUUCGUGCGCAAUUCAAAUUGCUUGAUCAUUUGGGCAUUUUUCGACUAUUCGCUAGUAUCGGUAGUUCGAUGGGUGGCAUGCAAUCUCUUGCAGCAGCCACCCUCUUUCCAAACAGAGUAGGUGCUGUUGUCUCCAUCUCUGGCUGUGCAAAAUCACACCCUUACAGUAUCGCACUCCGUCACUCUCAACGACAAAUCAUCAUGGCCGAUGCAAACUGGUCGCGAGGCUUUUACUAUGAUAAAGUACUCCCGCACGCAGGCAUGAAAUUAGCCAGACAAAUUGCAACGAUAUCCUAUCGAUCAGGUCCAGAAUGGGAACAUCGAUUUGGUUCACGACGUGCAAAUGAAACACUCGCACCGGCAUUCUGUCCAGAUUUCCUUGUCGAGACGUAUCUGGACCAUGCUGGUGAAAAAUUCAUUGGUUCCUAUGAUCCAAAUUCAUUGUUGUACGUCUCAAAGGCAAUGGACUUGUUCAACCUUUCUGGUAGCUACCAACAACGACUUGCGCAACUACAACAAGCCGGUGGAUUUGCACAGCAAGCGGAUUUAUGCAGAACAGCAGCAUACCCUGAACAACCCGAUUCCACAACCAUUUCUGGAUCAGCAGCCACUGCAACAAUUCGUCAAUCUGCCGUCAAGGAUCUCGCGCAAGGCAUGCAAUCUAUGCGAGAAACACCCACCCUUGUGGUCGGUGUACAAAGCGAUAAUCUCAUGCCUGUUUCAUGUCAACGUGAAAUUGCAGAUGCAUUGAGGGAGACGGGGAAUAUGGAUGUUCAGUAUUCUGAGUUAUCGCUUGAGCAGUCGCAUUUCGGGCAUGAUACAUUCUUGUUGAGUGAAGAGGUCGGUCAGUAUGUGCGUGAAUUCCUCACUAGGCGUCGUAUAGCAUAG